AUGACGGACAUGUACUGUGAUGUUGUUGGCGACGAUAUUGAGGUUGAAAUUGAGAACAGUGCGGGAAUUGAUGCAAAGUGGGCAGAGUACAAGAAGAGUCUGAAGGAAGAUGAAAUCAAACAGCAUGAGAUUUGUGGUCCUCAAAACACUUGCAAGUUCAAGGUAGAUCAUACAAACACCAAUGAAGUGAAGUCAAAUGCGCGUGUGGCUCCCAAGGAUGCAAAGGGAAACAAAAUCAAGUUUAUAGUUGGACGCCCGAGAGUUGACUCCCCCUACCGGAAGACAUUCAAAGUCAAGGUGACCAAGCAGGGCGUACGCGUCUUGACCCACGUAGCUGAGCUGGUUAUAACAGGUGACUACAAAUUGGGAGAAGGAAAAUCCUUUGCUCUCCCUACCUAUGAGCCCAUUCUGAUUCUUCGGGAUCCCCCGGUAGGGCUUUCACAGGCAUCCUAUGAGAAUGUGCAGACCACCAUGAGGGUGAAGUCAGCAGAAUUUGAGCGGCUGGAGGACCUUUCACACAACUCUCGACUACACAUUGGAGCCGACAUUGAUGCAGAAAGUUGUGCUGGCUUUGGGAUCGAAUUUUGUCUUAAAACCUUUAGCAUGUCGGGUGAUGGCAUUGGUGGUGGCUUUGACACUGACGAUGUUACCUAUCAGAUGCACAGGGAAGAUGUUUUUACUGCAGAGUAUACAACCACCUGGAGCUACACGACAAGUGAUGAUCCAAUGCUUGCUGGACGCAAAUCUGAUGUUUUCGUGGUGCCAAAUUUGAAUGUUCUAUUCUCUGAGACUUUGAACUUUCAUGUCUACUACUUGGAAACCCAUGUGCUUCCGACACUGGAGACCAAGGCUCUGGAGUACCUUUACAGGUGGGGGAACGAAACAGGUGCACAGAAUAAGACAAAGCUGAAAUCUCAAUAUGAUACUUUGGAUUAUGCACUGAAGAGUUGGAGUAGUUCCUUGGUAGCAUAUGAUGCCACCAACAACAUGGCAGAGAACCAACUCAUUCCAGCCCGUGAAUGGUUUGACAAGUGGGCGGCAAAGAAGGAUAAAAUUUUUGAUGUUGAUCCUCCUCCAAUGACUGGAAACUUCUUUGUUGACUUUGUCAACAUGGCCGAAUAUAAUCACCUGAAUGCCAUGAAGCCUGCCAUUGAACCUGGAGCGCAUUGGGCAAAAUUGACUCCAGAAACACUAACAGAAAGAGCCAUCACAGUUCAGAAUGCUCCGUAUGUCAAGCCUGGGUCGCAAAGUGGCAAGAAGGACUUGAAGGAGACUAACAGGCUUCAGUUCAGUGGCGGUGGAGGCACAAUGGAAUUCACAAUGGGCCAUACCGGCAUUACUGAGCUGAGCCAGCUGAACCCAGGGGAGGACAAUGAAGAAAGCACUUUUGGAGGAACCCUUAGUUUUGACAUGUCUGGUGGUCCUGGAAUUAUGAUCGGUGGCGGCUUUGAACUAACCCAUGUGACCACAAGAUCACAGGUUUUUACGGAUACUGAUGGGGAAGAAAGAGAGACUACAGUUUCAUUUAUUCUCGGUGAUGAAGACAAGGACGAUGACUUUGUUUUGGACAUUUUCGUCGAUCCCAAGUUUGGAACUUUCAUCUUCAGAACUGUUGCCGGAACAACCAGUGCUCCUUGGGAAGGUGCGCCCACAGCACGAGGGGAGGAUAUCGAUCUCAGAGUUGUUCAGAGGCCGAACAAGCCUGUUCUACCUGACGAGCCUAUGGUUUUCACACUCACCAUCGCAAACAACGUGAAUGACCGCACAAGUGCCUUUGUGGUAUUCCUUGACCACACAACCAACCCGGAUGGCCUAACGCACAAGUUGGGAGGGAACGAUCUGGCAGUUGCCCAUGACUUUGGCCCGUUCAAUGGUGUCCGCGUUGUAACAAUGGAGAUUUGGAGACCAAGUCGAGGAUAUCAGUUUACUCCCACACUUAUUCAAAUGCAGGGAGAUUGGGAUGGCAUUGGAGCCAUGUCCAGUGAUGAGUGGGCUGGAGCCUUGGAGCGAGAAAAGAAGUUUGUCGUGAACAUUGCUAAUCAAAAGGACCCUAUUCCUCUCAUCAUACGCAACCCCAAGAAGGCGGAUGGAGAUCUGGCAAGUCUGGCGAAGGAGACAAGGCUUCAAGAAGUCAUUCCUUAUGUCAGAAAACUUGGCGAGGGCGAGUAUGACUAUGGACCCGCCUAUUUGGAUGUGUCAAAGCAACAGAUAGCCAACUUUACGGCAAUCCCUGAAGCUGCUGGGCAAGAGGAUGACUAUGGUUAUGCAACGAUCAACUGGAACUUCCAGAAUAUUCACAUUCCUGACACAGAUUCAGAUGGCCGUUAUGAGGUCGUUGUUGAAACAAGAUGCCAAGAUUUCCCCAAGGCCCCUGACGACUUCAAGAAGACUACAACAGAGCCAGUGUUGAUUGUUGUUGAUCGAAUAGCUCCCAAGGUGUACGGUAUGCUGCCAGUUCGAGACGUUGUGGUCCCAGGAGAAGAAGUUUCGAUCAUCUUUACCGAGCCCAUCGUCUGUGAAUUACCUUUGAGAUUUGACCUGAUUGUUCAGGUGUCUGGCAUCAAGGAUGGCACUGGGACACAAGAUGCAAAAUACACCAAAUUCUCUGACGAUUUGAAUAUUGACUGCAAGGAACGGAAGCUUGGUUUCCUGUUCGAUGAGCUUAUGGGCUAUGAUGUGCUAAUGGGCCGUGAAAUGACAGUAUCUUUAACAGGUGUCCAAGACCUGCAAGGAAAUUUCAAUACACAAGCCAUUGAGUUCAAGAAGACAUUUGCAAAUCUGGAUGUGAACAAGACAGGCUCGGCAUUUGACAUGAUGCUGGGAAGUGGACCAUGCAACAGCACGACCACCAACAAGGAUGAUGUUAAGGUCAGAAUCACACAGCUGUUGAACCUAGCUGACGCAACGCGCCUGGAGAUCUUGAGUGCAUGGUGUGAGUCAUCAAAUCAGACUGUGGCUCGGGUCAAGAUGGCUCCAGAAACUCCUAGCUUUGGCCGUCAGCUGGCAGAAAGGACUGAUUCAGAGUUGGUCAGUAAUGACCACACUCCACUGGGGGCAUUCUAUGCCUUGGCACAGUUGUCCAGAGAAGCCAAUCUAGCAUUGGAUGGUCGAAGGUUGACAAGUUUCAAUGAUUCAGUGCCUGAACUAUUGGUCGACUUCAGUGGCAAUAUUAUUGACUACACGUUCAGUGUGCGCAAUCUGGAAUUGAUCCUACAUGAAUCCGAUGUACAGCGCUACUCAUUGGAUGCCCCCCCUUCGAUUGAGGAGCAGCUGAUUGUGGCUGUAAGUGAAGGCAUUGAUGACCACAGUCUGAAACAACGGGAGCAGCUUUUACAGCAACGGGAGCACAUGAUCAGACUUGAGAAUGGAAUGAAGGAGCAGCUGGCAGCGACAUCAGCACAGGUGGCAGCGACCGCAGCACAGAUGGAGAUGCAAAUGGCAGCACAAACAGACAAACUCCACCACAAGCUGGAUGAAAUUUUGGACCGCGCUUCUGACCAUGACCAGGGAGGCGGCGAGAGAUUGCCCUAUCGUGAACGUAGGAAUGGCAACCACAAGGCCACCACCUCAAGCCAAGAUGAUCAGCAAGAUGCAUCCGAUCUGGUUGCCCAAAUCAGACUCUUGCAACUUCUGUUUGGCUGCUCUGUAGUGGCCAUCGUCGUGCUGCAGUACAAGAAGAACCAGCUCAUAGCAGAUCGUCAGUGA